AUGUCCCGGCGGGCUAGUUCGGGCGACUCGCCGUCCGUGGGAGCAGAAGAGAAGGGCAAUGCGGGCAAGACCGUGCAGGACACUGCUGUGGUGCCACAGUCGGACGCUGCUUUCACAAAUGAAUACGAACAUGAGGAUUUCUGGACGAGAAACGGCUUGAAUGCCAAGUCGUUCCAGAAGAAACACUAUGGACUGGGAUUGGUGGAGCUGGACCGGGCGAUGUCGACGCGGCACGUACAGAUGAUUGCCAUCGGAGGCUCGAUUGGCGCUGGCUUUUUCGUUGGCUCUGGUGGUGCUUUGGCCAAAGGUGGUCCCGCUUCGGUUCUUAUUUGCUUCCUCGUCGUCGGCUUCAUGGUUUUCAACGUCGUCUAUGCUCUUGGUGAGCUCGCCAUCAUGUACCCAGUUUCCGGUGGUUUCUACACAUACGCAACUCGCUUCAUCGACCCCUCGUUUGGCUUUGCAGUUGGAUGGAAUUAUUUCUUCCUCUGGUUUGUCGUAUUACCACUCGAAUUAACAGUCUGUUCCCUCGUCAUUCAGUAUUGGAAUCAGGAUAUAAGCGUCGGCGUCUGGAUCACAAUCUUCUGGGUUGCCAUUAUCCUCAUCAACAUCUUUGGAAGCAUUGGUUAUGCCGAAGAGGAGUUCUGGUCUUCAGUCAUCAAGCUGGCAGCAACCAUCAUCUUCAUGAUCAUUUGCCUUGUGCUCGUUCUCGGUGGCGGUCCUUCGAGUGGAAAAUAUUCCGAAUACGUCGGAGCUCAUUAUUGGCACAAUCCUGGCGCGUUCCGCCACGGCUUCCGAGGCUUCUGCUCCGUCUUUGUUACCGCUGCCUUCUCCUUUACUGGAACUGAGCUGGUCGGUCUUGCAGCGGCCGAAAGCAAAAACCCAGUCAAGUCACUGCCCAGCUCUAUCAAGCAGGUGUUCUGGCGAAUUACUUUGUUCUAUGUGCUUGGUCUCUUCUUUGUCGGCCUUUUGAUUCCGGCAGACGACCCUAGACUCCUGUCUAGCGCGGCUUAUACCGACGUCAAGGCAUCGCCAUUUGUCCUCGUCGGUCUCUAUGCUGGCCUUCGCGGCUUCGACCACUUCAUGAACACCGUCAUCCUCAUCUCUGUCAUCUCCAUUGGUGUCUCUAGUGUUUACGGCGGCUCACGCACGCUCACUGCCAUGGCGCAGCAGGGAUAUGCUCCCAAGCUCUUCACCUACAUUGAUCGCUCCGGCCGCCCUCUCCCCUCUACCAUUGUCAUGCUUCUCACAGGACCACUGGCCUACAUCAACCUCAACGCCUCAGGACCUACUGUUUUCAACUGGCUGCAGGCCCUCUCCGGUCUUGCCGUCCUCUUCGCCUGGGCCGCCAUUUGCAUCGCACACAUUCGUUUCCGUUCGGCCUGGGCUUACCACGGGCACUCUCUGGAUGAGAUUCCAUUCAAGGCAAUCUUUGGUGUGGUGGGAUCAUGGAUCGGAUUGUUCAUUUGCUUCAUUAUCUUUGCUGCUCAAGUAAACGGUCUCAACGACGCUGAGGGCUUCUUCCAAUCCUACCUUGCCGCCCCCAUCGUCAUUGCCUUCUGGGUCGCUGGAUACCUCUGGAAGCGCACUGGCUGGUUGAAGGUAUCACAAAUUGAUGUUGACACCGGCCGCCGUGAGCUGGAUUGGGAGCAGAUCCACGCAUAUAGGGAGUAUGUGGCCUCUCUGCCUGCUUGGAAGCGUGUCUAUUAUCAUCUUUUCCAGUAG